AUGGCCACGGAGAAUACCGUAGCGCAGGUGUACGAGUACUUGAAGCAUGCGGUCGCUGCUGACACUUCCAAAACUGCCGUCCCAGCAACGUCGGUACGGAAGUAUGUUGGCUCACUUGACGAGCAUAGCAUGUUUCACGGUGAAGGUGUCCUUUAUUCUGCGAUGGGAUUCCGCUACGAAGGGAAUUUUGUCCAUGGAAGCAUGGAAGGCGAAGGCCAAAUUGUGUGGAAUAAUGGUAUAUCGUACCAAGGUGAAUUUCACGACAAUUCCCCAAAUGGGAAGGGCAUCUUCACCUGGUCUAAUGGGGACAAGUACGUUGGGGAUGUAAAAAACGGUGUGCGGCACGGCAACGGGGAGAUGUCAACGGCUCGGGGAUUAUAUACUGGCUUCUGGGUCUCGGGUAAGCGGCACGGCAAGGGGCAUCAGACGUACGGUGGUGAAUCUUUCUAUGACGGAGAAUGGGCAGGCGACAAGCGCCAUGGAAGGGGCAAAUUGGUGUACCCCAACGGUGAUGUAUACGACGGCGGGUGGGAGAAGGGACGUCGAGAUGGCUUUGGGGUCAUGGGGUGGAAGUUUGGCACAGCACAUUACUUAGAGGUGUAUGAGGGGCACUGGAGUGAUGAUAUCCCUCAAGGGCAUGGGCGUUCCACUUACGUGCUGCACUUAGACCCAGAUAACGCGCCAGCGGAUAUUGAUACCCCGGUAAACUAUUCCCCUCCCAUUUCCUCCGUUGUCAACGUUUAUGAAGGCGAGUUUGUGCAGGGGAUGCGACACGGCUUUGGUGUCUUCUACUACGCAGACGGAGGCACCUACGAGGGCGAGUGGUGUCGUGGAAAUAAGGAGGGCCAUGGAAAGUGCAAAAUGAGCGUGGGGGCCUCGUACUAUGGCAUCUUCCGUGGCAAUGAGGCCGAGCAGAUUUUCAAGGACGCGGAAACCCCAGCAACUCUACCAAGCAUUGCGUUAGAUGACUUUUUUGGCAUCUCAGACAAGUCGCUUGAGGAGACCAAGACAUCUAUGAGGAUGCUCUUGGUGCGCUUUAACAAGACUCUUAGGAAUUGGUUUGACACUUACAGCGGAAAGUUUGACAACGUGAAGCUUCUCACAACGAAGCCCAAUUGGUGGCAGCACCGCUUUCCGGGCCAUAUAUGCAUCCCUCAGUACCUCCGCAUGUUGAAUGACGCCCACAUUAUCAAUGGUCGUGUGAGCAUCUACGACGUGAUGAAAUGCGUGCUGCUGACUAUUGAGAAGGAGGUUGAGGUCGAGGCCUAUGAUGCGGCGCCACACAGUCCGUGGGGUGAAAGGAUGCAUGCACUUCAGGAGUCUUUAUUGAGGCUUGAGGGUAAUCUCAACUACCGACAAUUUGUGGAGUCUCUUGUGCGCCUGUCUGCCAUCGCAUGUGUCGGCUUCAACGUCACCGAGCUUGCGCAGCGCUUUGCGAUGCUGAUGGAAGGAUCACUCACACAGGGACAACGCACAAGUGAGCCACUGUGUCCCCUUACAAGGGAGCAUGAGGUACAGCUUUUGCCACUUUUGCCCUCCUUGGAAGCACUUUUUCUGCGAAUAGGAACCGAGGCCAAGACGCAGCCGCGUGGCACGUUUGUUCUUUUGUCGGUUCGCAAUUUUAUUAUGUUUUUUCGCACCAUGUUCAAUAACCAUGGAAUUAGUUUAAUUCAUGUUGUGAAUUGUUUAUUUCCCUUCGAUCGAUUCAAGACUCCAGGCGUGGUACCCACCGUUGUCUGCUCGCCACGUAACGCGCUGGGAUUUUCAAUGUACGAAAGGAGCUGCGGGUCCCAAGGGGAGCUGGCUGCUGUGGUAGUGGCGUCUGAACGACUGCUGACGUUUGUUGAGUUUGUGGAGGCGGUGUUGGGCGCCCUGUGCCUCGUCGGCGUGACGGACGAAAAAGACAUGUUUGAGAAGCUGCAGGAGAUACUUGUGGCAAAGUCUUCAUGA